CGAAACGACGACUUUCAGAAAUGUACAAUGGUAUAGGGCUUCAAACAGCCCGCGGUACAGGUACAAAUGGAUACGUGCAAGCGAAUCUUUCAAAUCUGUUGCUGUCGAGAAAGCAUGUUGAAUACAACAGUGAAGCUGACUUACGCAGAGCAGAGGCUGAAAUCAACCGCGCACCUAAUGAGGAACUUCUACAGCAUCAGCGAAAGAGAAUCAUCGAAAUGAAAUGUGUCGAAUUCGAAAUGUUGAUGGAGGAAAAGGGUUUCGAUGAUGAUGAAAUCUCCAAGAAGGUGUCGGAUUACCGUAAACUUCUGUUAAGUCAGUUAGAAUCUGGGGAGCUGAAUUUGGAUAGCGAGCUGAGUUCGCGCGACUCACAUGCUCGUGCAAAAGCUGCAGCACAGAAUCGUGAUCGCUUGAGAAAUGCUCUUGGAUUAGACAAAGAUUUCGUUCCUGGUUCUUCAAUGAAAAACAUCAAGAAAACGGACGUGGUAGGCGCUGCACUUGCUGCUCCCGUUCAGAAAACUGAAGAAAGUCUCCUCUCUACUCUGAAGACAGAACUCAAAGAGAAGUCGGCAAAAGACAAGAAAAAGAAAAAACGUCGUCACCAAAGCAGCUCCUCUUCGUCUUCUUCAAGCUCCGACAGUGAUUCAUCAGAUUCAUCAGAUGAUUCUUCGGACUCUUCCUCUUCUGAUUCUGACGAGUCGAGCAGUGAAGAAAGCGUUAAGCACAAGAAAGUUAUGAAACGAAAGCCUGAGAAGAAGUCUCCUGAACGAAAGGGGCAUGAUCGCCAUGAUAGAAGAGAUCGGAAAGAUGAUAGUCGGAGCAGUCACAGGAGGAAGGAAGACGACAGACAUAGAGAAGUGGAGAAGAGGCGUAGAAGCAGAAGUCGCUCUCCUGCUGCGUCUAGUAGAAGGAGAGACAAAGAUGAUAAGCGUGAUAGUGGCAGAAGGCGAAGUUCGGAUGAUCGCAGUGCUAAGCGGUCCAGAAGGGAGCGAAGCCGCGAAAGGUCACCCGCUCGUGAAAUCAAGAGGGAACCUCCAUCACCGCAAAGUGAAGGGGAAGCACCGCCCAAGCAACAUUCGCAUCCGUCAGGAUCUCGCGAUAAAAAUAAUUCCAGAGACAAUUACUCAGACGCAUCUGAUACGGAUUCACAUGACUCGCUAAGAUACAAAAUGAAAAGUACUGAGUCGCUGCAUGUGUCCUCGAUUGUAAACUACUAAGAAGUGUGAACAGUCUUUUGGUAAGCUUGGGUUCUUUGUUCAUUGUGAAUAAACG